GGCUGCGCGGGGCGCUCGGCACGGCCGCGGCGGCGGACGGGCACCUGCUGCCGCCUCGCCCGCAGCGGCGCCGCGCUUUGUCCGGGCUCAGCGGGCGCGCCCGGCCCCGGCGGCGCCCGGCCCGGCUCAGCACAGCGGCCGGCGGCUCUCGGGGCGUCGCCUGGCUCCGGCGGCCUGGGCACGGUGCGGAGUGUGAAUGAGAGUUUGCUCCGAUUUCCGAGCAGGAGACUCCAACCGUCAUGUUAAGGUAAAGCAGAAGAGUGCAGUGCUGAACAUGCUAAAGAAGUUGGACAAAAUAAGGUUCAGAGGUCACAAGAGAGAUGAGUUCCUUGAUUUAGCAGAGUCUCCAAAUGCUUCAGACACUGAAUGUGGAGAUGAAAUCCCGGUGAAGAUACCUCGAACGUCAGCUCGAGACAAUGAAGAGUUGAGAGACCCUGCUGGUCCAGGGACCAUCAUCAUGGCUUCAGGAGUCCAGGAUUUUAACAGAACAGAGUCUGACAGACUGAAUGAGAUCAAAGGUCACCUGGAAAUAGCCUUACUGGAAAAACACUUCUUACAGGAGGAGCUCAGGAAGCUGAGAGAAGAAACAAACGCUGAAACGUUAAGGCAGGAGCUAGAAAAGGAACGGCAGAGGAGAUUAGAACUAGAACAAAGAGUCAAUGAAGUACUUAAAGCAAGAGCAGAAGAGGUGCCUGCAGCUCAGCAACCUACAAAGCCACAGGCACAAGCCAAUGGAACAGGUGAGCUUGAUAAGAGUAGUCACACAGUCUCUUCAAGACUCCAAAAGUGGUUUUUUGACAAAUUUGGGGAAUAUGUUGAGGACUUCAGAUUUCAACCGGAAGAGAAUACAGUGGAAACAGAAGAGCCACUUAGUGCUAGAAGGUUGACUGAAAAUAUGAGAAGAUUAAAGAGAGGUGCCAAACCUGUUACAAAUUUUGUGAAGAAUCUUUCUGCCUUAUUAGACUGGUAUUCUAUCUACACUUCUGCUAUUGCCUUUAUUAUUUACAUCAAUGCUGUAUGGCAUGGCUGGGCCAUUCCUAUGUUCUUAUUUUUAGCAAUUUUGAGGUUAUCCCUAAAUUACCUCAUAGCCAGGGGUUGGAGAAUACAGUGGAGCAUUGUGCCUGAAGUUUCUGAACACAUGGAGCAGCCAAAAGAGGACCUGACCGUGUCUGAAAAGUUUCAGCUUGUUCUAGAUGUGGCUCAGAAGGCGCAGAACCUUUUUGGCAAGAUGGCAGACAUACUGGAAAAAUUUAAAAACUUGUUCAUGUGGGUCCAGCCAGAAAUAACGCAGAAGCUCUACAUUGCUCUAUGGGCAGCUUUUAUUGCAUCCUGCUUUUUGCCCUACAGGAUUCUUGGGCUUGCAUUGGGACUCUAUGCUGGAAUCAAGUUUUUCCUUAUUGAUUUUAUCUUCAAACGAUGCCCCAGACUAAGAGCUAAGUAUGAUACUCCUUAUAUCAUCUGGAUAAGCCUCCUGACAGAUCCUCAGCUCAAAGAAAGAUCUAAUGCUACAGUGUCAAGACGGCUUCAAACAACAACCUCCAGGAGUUACAUGGGCUCAAGUGCCCCAACUGGAAUAAGCAAAGAUGAAGACACAAGUCGUUUUCAUACCACCAAGAGAGGAAAUUUCCAUGAAGUUUUUAACCUGUCUGAGAAUGAACGUCCUUUGCCAGUGUGCGAAAAUGGCUGGCGCUGUUGCUUGAUUAACAGAGAUCGGAAGAUGCCUACAGACUACAUCAGGAAUGGAGUUCUCUAUGUCACAGAAAAUUACUUGUGCUUUGAAAGCUCAAAAUCCGGCUCAUCAAAAAGAAAUAAAGUUAUAAAGCUGUCGGACAUAACAGAUAUCCAGAAGUAUAAAGUGCUCUCUGUUCUCCCAGGAUCAGGGAUGGGUAUUGCUGUAUCAACACCAUCUACACAGAAAAGUUGUAAUAUAAUUGACAGACAUCUGUGUACAUAUUUUGCAAAUUUCACUUUACAUUGGGUUAUCCGGUUUCCCUGCUGCACAGCUGCUCCCACGGUGUCCAUGACUUCAGAGACUGAAGGUAAAACUGAAGUGUGUUUACUCACACUUUUUCACCUGCUGCACCCUCUCAGGUCUGGAGGGCAGGAGGGGAUGGGCAGUGAGUGAAUGUAUACUUGACUUGUGUAAUUACCCUGAAGCUCUCACCUGAAAUUCCAAUCUUCCUACUUAGUUUUGCAGUACAGCCUGGUGAACUUGAGAAACAGGCUGGGUCGGAACACUUAAUGUAAAGUGCUUCUAAAUAGCUGAAAGUGAUGUCCUUGUCAUUCUGUCUGAUUGCUGUUUAUAUUUGCAAUUCUGUUCAUGUCUGUGGAUGUCCGGAUCAUUCACGCGUAAUUGGAUUUAACUUCUGAAGAAGUUCCUUGGUUAGUUUGAGUCCCUUUUAAAGACAGUAAAAAAAGGGAGAUGAAAACUGACUAAUUCUUUAUCACUGACCAUUUUAAUUCAAAAGCAAAACAAGCUGAAAUAUGAAAUCAUGCCUUUCUGUGCACUGUAGCUUUUGUGAGGCAAGAUUGAAUGAAACAAGCUAUUUAUUGGUAGCAACAUCACACAGGAUGCCAGCAGCAAAACUCUACCCUCAUUCUGCAGACAAAGAGAAAAGGAAUUUUACCCGACUGUGAAGAGAUGAAAGGAUGUACCUGUUUUUUGGCUACUGAAACCUGUUUGAAAACAUUGGUAGUUUUUAUUGAACUCUGUACAUUUUGGCAGAUGUUUAAUUUCUACUAAUCAUUGAAAUAUAAUGGAUGUUAAAAUUUUUAUGUCUGAAGUUUGAGUCUAUAUUUUGAAAUUGUAAAUAAUUCAUUAUCAGUGUAACUUUUGUUUGACAGAAGACUUAUACUGUAUGAAUAAUUGAAAUAAUGAAAUUAUUUGCCCUGUACGUUUUUUAAGAAAAUCUUGUUUGUUUAAAAAGUCUUGUAUAAAUUAUAAUUUUUAUUUAAAUAAACCUAAAAAUGCUUUGUGCUAA